AUGGGUCAUGUUGGGGUUGCGUUCAGCUCCCAAGGAGGACCUAAAUGCCUCACCUGCAGAGCGGACAAGACAAACAGCCGCAUGCAGCAGCUGAAGCUUCAGCUGGAGGAGACCGAGGAGGAGCUGACCCGAGCCAACGUCUACCGCAGGAAGCUCCAGAGGGAACUGGGCGACGUGAUGAACCGGGAAGUCAGCAACCUCAAGAGCAAACUCAGGCGCGCGGACCUGCCCUACAACAUGAGGCGCACGGUCAACCGCACAGGCCUGGACAGCGAUGAGGAAGGAGAUCUGCCUGCAGAGCCAUCAGAACCUGCAGCGGAGUGAGCAGAACUUCUCUUGCAAUAAGACAAGACAUUACAUGCUUUAUUGGCUUGAAUUUCCCCACUGUAAGGCUAAUGAAGGACAUCUAAUCUAAAGAGCCUGUUUUAUGAUCUACUGCUCUCCUUUUGAAGCAGCAAAUAUAUAUUGGAUAUUAUGAAACUCCUGUCACUUUUAAUAGAUUUUUCCAAAUGAAGUUAUUACAGAGCCUCUAAAGCAGACCUGGGUAAAGUGUGGCUCGGGGGCCAUAUGCCGCCCGAUGGUUGUAUAUUUUGUGGCCCUUUUUACGUCAGACUAAAACUAUACAUGAUAUUUUGUCAUUUUUUUACCUUUUCCGUUCUUUAUUUUUUAGUCACCACCACCACUUCUGCAUAUAUAUAUAUAUAUAUAUAUAGCAUGUUUUUGCUUUAAGACUAAAGUUUUCUUUUCAUUGGCCAUUUUUGUGUGUUUUUCUUGUUAUUCAAAAUACAUUUAAGCAAUAUUGAAAAGAGUUCCAAAUAAAUUGUCAUAGUCGCCAUCAUUGGUCCAUAUUUAUGUGCGCCAAGAAGAAAGAGAAACCAUGAGCAUGAAAGCCAUAAUGCUUCAGUGACAGCCUCUGCUGUCCGCCUCUUCACACUGUCGUCUUUGACCUCUGUAGAUGGUUUGUGGGCUGUUUUCUACUGAUGCAGUUGAUUUGGUUUUACUGGUACAAUUGAAUUGCUGUUGCAGAUUUGGGGGGGAAUCUUCAAACACGAUGCAGGUUUUGCACAGAUCAACAACUGUGGGAGGUUUCACUCGGUCUUGGGGGACAGGUCAUUUUGGGGUUAUCUUGGUCCCUCGUCCCAAAACUGCACAAAGCCUGAACAGAUACACUGGUGGGGAAAUGAUGUUCUGUGAGUGUUUGAAUGUUGCUGGUGGUGGGUCGUUGCACAGAAACCCCCUACACUGCAGGUGCUCUGUGUUCUUGAAGCAC